AUGUGCAAAUCCACCAAAACCAUCUUCACCUGCACACACUACAGUUUCUGGGUGAAAAGAUGUAGCCCCAAGAUGCAACCCACCCACUGUCCACACUACCAUCAAGAAACCAUUCAUUCGGAUACGGUAUGCGGUGGAUGUAAGGAGAAGGCCGAUCUGGAAAGAGAUCUUUAUCAGAAGAUUUAUCAGCUUGCGUUUCAGAGAAAAGGAUGA